AUGGCUCCUCAUAUCGUACUCAUUACCGGCUGCUCGGCGGGUAUCGGACUCGCCAUCGCCUCCCGCCUCGCCCUCGACCGCGAUCAGCGAUACAUCGUCAUCGCCACCGUGAUUUCGAUGUCGGAGAAGGCCGAGUUGGUGGCUGCCGUGGGCGACGCCCUCGAUAAAACGGUUUUCAUUCAAGCUUUGGACGUAACGGACGAUGAGAAUAUUUCUUACGUGGUGAACAACGUCGUCAAUACCUAUGGACGAAUCGAUGUUUUGAUUAACAACGCAGGAUUGAUCGUCGUCGGGAUUCCCGAGCUGAUACCGCGGGAAAAGAUUGAUCAAAUCUUUAGCGUGAACGCGAUCGGGACUAUAAGGGUCACUCAGGCGGUCCUGCCGCAUAUGAAAGAGAAGAAAGCUGGAAAAAUUGUUGCUGUUUCAAGCGGUCUCGGAAGACAAGGGCGACCAUACUACGACUUUUACUGUGCGACCAAGUUCGCAAUUGAAGGCUUUUUCGAAUCUUUGGCCGCAGGUGUGCGCCCAUUCAAUAUUCGAGUUUGUCUGGUGGAGCCCGGUCGCGUUGGUACCGGCCUGGAUGACGAUGUGUGUGAGAGCGUCAAUGACCUGCUGGGCGACGAGGAAAUCGAUGAAAUGGACCGUCGUCAUCUGGCUAAGCUUCAACGCUCAUUCUCAGUGUCGAAGAUGUCGAGCGCUGACGAGAUCGCCGAGGCGAUCGAGGAACGGUGCUUGGAACAGGAAAAGCCCGUGCUCAGACACCUCCUCAAAGACGAACUCGUUCGGGAGACCAUGGCGAGGGAUUUGAGCGACCUGACGGGAGAACGUGCAUCCCUGCGGAAUCAACCUCCAGUUGAAAGAAGAGCAGCAGCAGCGAGGCAUGGUGAUCCGUCAACGGCGUCGUCGUCGUCAUACAACGGGGCAUUCCAGAGGCACCACACCCACGAUCUCUAUCGAUGA